CCGUACCACCAAUCUGCCGCACUGCUUUUCCUCCGUCUUUUACGAUGCAUCUUGAGAGUCUCAUCGAAGAGCUGGGCACUUUCGGUCCCUACCAGAGAUGCAUCCACUGUAUUCUAGUGUUGCUCAAAGCACUUAGCGUCCCACCUAUGAUGAUGAUGGCUUUUGCAGGUGUUGAACCCGAUUGGUGGUGCGAGUCACGUGGUCAGGAUGAGACCGCCAUUUUUACAAAUAACAGCUACCAAAAUUGUCAGUGGAAUGGGACUUGUCAGAGAAUAUUUGAGCCCGAAACGGUAACCAUUGUAUCUGAGUGGAACCUCGUGUGCAGCAAGACGUGGGUCAGUAACACCAUCAUUUCCAUACAAAUGGUGGGUGUUCUUUUCGGCAGCAUAAUUGCAGGCUACUGUUCAGACAGAUACGGACGGAAGAAGGUUGUCUACGGUGGACUGCUCUUGAGCACCAUCAGCAACCUCAUAGCUUCAUUCUCUUUGUCAUGGAUCAUGUUUGCUGUGUUCCGAGUACUCAUCGGCCUGGGAAUAGGCAUGACAUUGUCCUGCAGCUUUUUGUACCGAUUGGAAUUUGUGGGAAAGAAAUGGCGAGGGGCGUGUACUGCGAUUCCAUCCUGGUCCCUCGGUGUGGUGCUAUUUGCUAUUUUAUGUUGGUUCAUCCGGAACUGGAAAUGGCUGCAUGUAACUAUCGUUGCAAUCAACAUUCCCUUGCUGCUGACUUGGUUUGUGAUGCCAGAGUCACUCCGCUGGCUAGUUGCAAAAGGACAUCUUGAAGAGGCGAGGCGCACUGUCACCAGGAUUGCUAAAUUCAACAAGAAGCCUGUUCCAAACAUGUCCAUCUUGGAGCUGAUCGCCGAGGAGGAGAGGGCGGAGAGGAAAAAAGCUAAAUCCUACUCCUAUAUAGAUCUGGUCACAACCAGGACACUGAGGUCAAAAACUCUGAUAACAAGCUUUCUUUGGAUGUCUAUAUCCAUUGUGUACUAUGCCAUAACAUUUGGUAUAAAGAACCUGUCAGGCGAUUUCUAUCUCAACCUGUUGAUCAUGGGACUACUUGAGGUUCCGAUGUCUUUCGUGGAACUCUUCAUGGUGUCAGUGUUCAGUCGGCGUUGGGCGUGCGCUAUACUGCUCAUGUUCUCAGCUGUUGCCUGUUUUGGUGUUGCCAUAGUAACAAAGCUGGCUCCUGCACACAUCAAAGUACCGUUAGAAAAUGGAUUUGCAAUCUCCGCCAAAUUAUCUACCAUCAGUGCAUGGGUAUUGACUGCUGCGAUGACAAGUGAACAGUUCCCAACCGUGAUCAGGAACUUGGCAUAUGCUGCUCAAAACACAGCUGCAAGAUUUGGAGGGAUCGUGGGAGCUCAGUUGGUGUCUUUGGGUUCCAAGGACGAUCUGAUGCCACCUUUCCUCGCCAUGGGAAUCUUGAUGUCUUUUACGGCAUUGUCAUGCUUUGGUCUUGAAGAGACGAGCAAAACGGCAUUAGAGGACACAAUGAAGAAAUAUACAAGAGAGGGCGUGAAUGAAGAGGUUGAAGGAAGUCUUCCUCUGAACGAUAUUACUCUGACAAUGAAUGACAUUUCGAAGGGAGACAUCGCAGAAAUGGACGAAUAUUGUACCUAUGCAAAAUCAUGUGGUGGUACUGAAGAAGGAGGAAGUAUUUGCCAGUCAAAGGUGAAGACAAUUAUGGGAUUGGUUGAUAACAGUAAACCAGAGAAGAAUGAAGGGGAGGAACAAAGGAGCAGUAACACGUUCCUCAAGUCAGAACAUGACACCUAG